GCACGACCAAGAAGCCUACAGCAACUCAUCGCGGAGGACAGGGAGAAGUAUGUACGAGCUCGCAAGUUGCAAGAUGCUAAGGAUCUCAAAUCAAAACGCGACGCUCAAAUCAAAGCCGAAAAUGACCAAAAGAAAGCGGACAAGGAGAGGUCCAAGCGAUACAACAAAGAGAAAAAGAAACGCCAGGCUGAGGAGAAGAGAAACAAUAUGAAAUGGGGCGGAAUUGUUCGAGGGUUUGAUCCCAAUGCUGGUCUUCUUCGGUCUGCUGCUAGCGGGGAAGUUUUACGCUCUUCAGUAGCCAGGCGUGGAAGAGAUCAACAGUCUGAUGACUCGCUCGUUGAUAUACUCCAUCCCAAGCUUGACAAAGGCCAGACGUGGGGUGUUGAGCAUGGAUCACUAGGAAAG